GUUUUAGGAUUUCGUAUCAGGUCUGCAAGUUCUUGAAAUGUAAGAUAUGCUAUACUAUUCCAAAUGCUCAAAGCUAUAACUUAACAAGUAAUUAUCAAGAAGCAAUUGACUAAUGGAUUUCCAUGAAUCAAUCGUACGGCAUGCACUGAGGCACAAUUACGUUAAGGUUGCUCGAUUGUUGGUCUCAUCGCUUACCAAUGAAAUGCAUCUUGAAUUUGCAUUUUUUAUCAUGAAAUAUAUCAUUAGCCAUCGGAAAUAUACCAAUUAUUCAAUUGUUCGAGAAUUAGCGAGACAGUUGACAACGUAUAAACUUCCAUCAACAAGUCAAGAAUGUAAUGCACAUAGAAUUGAACGAGCGGUUGCUUACAUUGUCCUGAUGAAUGAUCUCAUCGCCACAAAGGGUAAUCCACGAAAAAGGGCGAGCUUUAUUUCUACAAUUAAUGAAUUUCUACCUAGUACUGGAAAAUUCAAGGAGCUCGAUGCUGAAAUUAAGAAAAGUCGUAUAGGUCUUCUUGCAGUCACGAUGAAAGAACAGCGAAUCAGUCGGCUACAACGUGAAUUUGAUAAGCGAGCUGAAGAGAUAUCCGUACAAAUUGAUGAACACUUGGAUAUUUUACGAACAGACUUACUACCACCACUGGAUGUAUUUGCAUUGGAAAGGUGGGCACAGAGUGGUAUACCCGAGCAGGUUGCUCUGGCGGAUAUCAUUGCAUCAAAUGGUCUUUGCGAGGAGAGCCUACUGCAGUAUUUCAAACUUAUUCAGGAUACACCAGAUCUUAGUGUUGAUUUCUUCCACGCAUGUUCGAAUGAUUUAUUUAUGGAGCAACAAGAAAUUCUGAAGUAGUCUAACAUAACGCUGUGAGUUAAACUACUGAAAAAUGAGUGGCAUUAAACAACGGAAUGGUUUUAUCAAGUGAAUUUUCACACUUUAUCCAAUUUCGAAAAACGAAAUGGAAAA